AUUGCCAUAUGUGACAAAGAAGAAGAGGAAGGAAAACACGAAAAAGUCCAAUGUUUGUGAAAUAAUUCGAUUAGCGUUCAAGGAGAAUGCUGUAGACGCAAACGAGGAGUCAACGACCAAACGAACCCACUUCCCUACACAGGAAGCACCGAUAUCGUCACCCCAGCCAGCUUGCCUGUCCUUCAAACUGAUGGCCAACAGAAACAUGCGUAACACCACCAAAGUGGAGGCCCUUAUCGAAAGUUGCCGCAGCGAGGGCAAGUGGCAGCGGGUCAUAGAACUGACGGACGAGCUGAAGACCGGGUCACCGCACAAUGAGUGCCUAGCCAACUUUCUGGUGGGCGAGGCUCGUCUGGAGAACUACCUGGAAGACAACGCACUCGCCUCUGCCGACUCCAACUUCGGGCGCGCCAAAGCUGGCUUAGCCGAGGCCCGGCGCUUCCUUAACCUGGCGCUGGGGGAAAGCGGCCAGAAGGCGGGCAUUGCUCUGGACGCCUAUCUGCUGCUAGCCAAGCUGUGCUUCGCAUGCGGCGAGUAUGAACAGAGCCUUGACAACUUUGUCAAGGCCGAGCUCAACACUCUGGCCGAGAAGGAACUGACCCUUCGCAGUCUCAAGAUCCUGGCCGAGUCCUAUGCCAUUAAGGGCUUGUGCCUGGAGCAGCAAACCUCGAAGCCAUCUUCAAAGUUUAAGAAGGCAGAAAAGGACACGGAAAUGAUUACCUGCUUCGAGCGCGCAACAGAUCUGGGCCUACUCUAUCUGCAGGAGUACGACAUAGUGAGUGGGAGCAGCUCCUCCAACAACUCCACCGCUGGCUCCACGUUGAACGUAAACGCGUCCAGUGUGCAGCCCUCAAGCAGCAGCUUUGCAAUCAGCAGCACAAUACCUGCUAGUGGACCCAGUGGACUUGAGGUGAACCGCCGAAUGGGCGCUAUUCUGGAAACGGCGCUGCAGCGGGCGCCUAUAGUGCUUAUCAAGACGGAAAAGCUUCAGGAGGCCGUUGAGCGGUACCGCAUAAUGCUGAACGCCAUUGAGACCCGAGCAACUCAAUCGUUGCGGCUCACUCUCGCCCGUCAGCUGGCCGAGGUGCUUUUAAGGGGGGUGUCGGGCACGAUUUAUGCUCCUCCCUUCACCGGAAAGUCAGGCGGUGGGACUUUGCGCGGGGGAUCGUCCAAGAAGCUUUGGAAGCCGAGAAAGUAUGCAGCCCGCCAGCAGUUCAAUCCGAGAAACCAGCAGGAGGAGGUCAUACUGCUGCUGCUCAUCGCCGAGGCUCUGGCAGUGAGAGAUACUGUACUCUCGCAGAGUCCUGAAUUUAGGCAGGCCCGUCAGCACGCCAUGGGCAACGUGACAGCAGUAUACGAUCUUCUGACCUUAGCUACUGUGCGAUGGGGCCUUGUUCAGCUCUUGAACGAGUCCUUCGAGAAGGCACUAAAGUUCAGCUUUGGCGAGCAGCACGUGUGGCGGCAGUACGGACUGAGUCUGAUGGCCGCCGAGAAGCACUCGCACGCCCUGAGGGUCCUGCAAGAGUCAAUGAAGCUGACGCCUAGCGAUCCGCUGCCUUGUCUUCUGGCCUCGCGCCUCUGCUACGAGAGCCUGGAGACGGUUAAGCAGGGACUUGACUACGCUCAACAAGCGCUCAAGCGCGAAGUGAAGGGUCUGCGCCCAUCGCGCAGUCAACUAUUCGUGGGCAUCGGGCACCAACAGUUAGCCAUCCAAUCGAAUCUUAAGAGCGAGCGGGACGCGUGCCAUAAACAGGCCCUGGAUGCGCUCGAGCGGGCUGUGCAGCUGGACGGGAACGAUCAUCUGGCUGAGUACUACUUGUCGCUGCAGUACGCGCUCCUAGGACAGCUUCCGGAGGCGUUGGCCCACAUCCGGUUCGCACUGGCGCUGCGUAUGGAGCACGCUCCCUGCCUGCACCUGUUUGCGCUGCUAUUGACGGCAUCGCGACGUCCGCGAGAGGCACUGGGUGUGGUGGACGAUGCGCUUCACGAGUUUCCGGACAACCUGCAGCUUCUGCACGUUAAGGCCCAUCUGCAGCUGCAUCUAGAGGAUGCGGAGACGGCCCUAAGCACGGUGCAGCAUAUGCUGGCCGUGUGGCGGGAUGUCUAUGAAGCCCAGUUGUCGGGAGAGGAGGAGAAACACUCGGAUACCAAGAGCGGAGUUCACUUGGCCCAUUCCUCACAGAUGUCGGACAAGGAUUCGAAUUCCGUGUACGCUGCUUCCCUGGCUGCAGUUUCCCGUGUGGAACAGGCUCUGAGUGAAGCAGCCAGCUCGCUGAGCUCGUUUACCCAACGUCCUGGGCCCCGAAGACCGUGGAUGCUCCAAAUUGAGAUUUGGCUUCUGCUAGCUGAUGUCUAUUUGCGUAUCGAUCAACCGAACGAGGCACUCAACUGCAUACACGAGGCUUCCCAGAUAUAUCCGCUCUCGCAUCAAAUCAUGUUUAUGCGAGGUCAAGUGCAUGUCUAUUUGGAGCAGUGGUUUGAUGCCAAGCAAUGUUUCCUUAAUGCUGUUGCCGCCAAUCCCAAUCAUACGGAAGCUUUGCGCGCCCUGGGGGAGGCGCAUCUAAUUCUGGGCGAGCCUAGGCUGGCAGAGAAAAUGCUUAAGGAUGCCGCUAAGCUGGAUCCAAGCUGCCCGAUGAUAUGGUUUGCUUUGGGCAAGGUGAUGGAAACCCUGGGGGACUUCCAUGCCUCCGCCGAUUGCUUCGCCACAUCGCUGCAGCUGGAACCGUUCUGUCCGGUGCUACCCUUCACGUCGAUACCGCUGGUCUUUGAAUAGGAACUUUAUUUCGUCUCCCCUACGAUUUGAUUGUAGCAGAUUCAACCUAAACUAACCUCAAAGUGAACAGCAAUAUUACUUACUAUAUACAUAAAUAUAAUUACAUAUUCGAAAGUCCACAUUCUAACUUAUAUCUAACCUUGGUUAUAAGGUAUUGUUGAGCUGCAGUAUUAGAACAACAAUGGUUUAAAUAUUGUAUGUACGUGCGUGUAUAUGUAAAUUAUUAGCUAGAAUUGUUCAAGUUUAUGUGUAAAAAUGCGUGUAGGUUUUUUGUUGUAUUCAAUAAUAAAUACAAAAGCCUAUUGCUUUUCUCGCUCCCAAAAAUAAAGUUUUUCGACAUUGGAUUUAUAUAACUUCAUCAAAUGUUAAUUAUUGCAUAAAUAUUUGUUUGAUAAAGAUGUAUAUUUAUUUGUGAGUUUUUUAAUGUAUAACUUUUGGUUGCAAUCUGAAAAGAAGCUUCGGCAUUGAUUGCCUUUUUGUUCACUUUGAAUUUAAUCAAAGCCCAGUAUAUUCUUUGUCACUAGUCAGUUUCAAAUAAAUGUACAUACCUAUUUCGGAUUUAUAUGAUAUGAUUUAUUUAGAAAAAUUACAAGGGUGUAAAACUUUGUUUUAAGACUACUUUUAAUUAAAAUAAACCAUGCACCUUGUAGAGGAUAUCUAUUUCCAAAAAUUGAA